AGAGGAAAAAAAGGUAAUGCUUUUUGCCACACAGGUAGCAUCUUUGAAAAUAUGUGUAAUAUGUAAAAUAUUUGACACCCCCAUGUUAUUUUUCCAGAAUAACAGUAUAAAUAUCCUCUCUUGUUCAAGAGCUGUCAGCCGCUCUAGUCCUACUCACAGCAGCCUCAGUGCCUGCCACAAUGUACAAGAUGCACUUCUUAACCUGCGUUGCACUAACUCUCGCAUUCGUCGUAGACGGUGCGCCUACCUCGGGCUCCCACAGGGACGCCCGGCAGAAGCUGGCGGACAUCAAGGAGGACCUGCAGAAGCUUCUGAAAGGGGUCCACAAUUACAAGAACCACGAACACUCCACGAUGCUCACGUUUAAGUUUUACAUACCCAGGAAGGUCACGGAAUUGAAACAUCUGCUGUGUCUAACAGACGAACUCAACCCUCUCAAGGACGUGCUAAACUUAACUCAAAGAAAAACCUUUCACUUGGAAGAGAUGGUGCGAUCAGUGGAAAACAUCAACGUAACAGUGAACGCACUAGCGGUAAGGCCUCGCUCGCUGCUUGCCUGGGAAGAACGUGGCAGAACCCACAUGGGACCCACAUGCGAGUACGACGACGAGACGGUCACCUUCGUGGAGUUCCUGAACAAGUGGGUUACCUUCUGCCAGAGCAUCUUCUCGACGCUGAACUAAGGGCUUCCCAUUUCAAAUGGAUUAGGCUUUCUAUUUAUUUAAAUAUUUAAAGUUUAUUUAUUUUGAUGUAUGGUUUGCUACCUUUUGUAAUUAUUCCUACUAUUCAGAUGGUAAAUAUGGAUCUUUUAAGAUUCUUUUUGUAAGCCCUAAGGGCUCUAAAAAUGUACGUAAAUUAUUUAUCCCAAAGUAUUUAUUGUUGAAUUGUAAAUAUAAUGUACAUGUAGACCAGUUAAUAAAAUUAUUUAAUAAAU